AUGUACGCUAAGAUCUUCACCGUCCUCGGUCUCGCUGCCACCACUGCUAUGGCUCUUGAAAUCGAUAUCUCAGCCAAAGUCAACCAAACCCUUGAAUUCAUUCAAGAUGCUUAGGACUUCUCUGAGUCAACCUACUCUGAUCUAUAACAAAACAAAAAGGAUUACAAGAAGACUAUUCUCAAGAUUCUAUAAGAUGCUGAGAAAGAAGUCCAAACCAAUUACCAAAGAGUAAUCUAGCCAGUCGCUGAAGACUACGCUGCCUUCUUGAAGACCCUCAAGGUCAACGAGAACUGCGAUGAGGAGUGCGUUUCCCAAGUCUGUUUCUCACCAGAGAAAUGGGCUAUGAACUGGACUUGCGUCGCUAAGACCUGCAAUUGCAACCUCAGAGAUAUCAAUGCCACACUUGAAGCAAAGGCUGAGCUUAAGGAGUCAGUUAGAAACGUCACUGAGAGAGUUGUCCCAGCUUUCCUCCAAGAAAAGGCUACCCUCGUCAAUGAGGCUUACAGAUCAUACAGAUUAAAGCAAGUUGGCGUCAUCAACAGCGCUGCUAGAAAAAUUGAGAAAAAGAUUGUUUCUGUUGUCCCAGAGGCCCAAAACUGUUUCAAUCUCUGCUACAAAUACUACGGAACUGACCUCACAACCUACGUUCCAUGCGUUGGAAAAUGCACUGAACAAUACGAUAGCCUCGAGAGACAAGGAGUUUUCAACAAAAAAAUCUGA